AUGAACGUCGAGACCGACAUCGUCACCCUCACACGCUUCAUUCUUGAAGAACAGCAGAAGUUUGCCCCCACAGCCACCGGCGAAUUGUCGCUCUUGUUGAACUCGUUGCAGUUUGCGUUCAAAUUCAUUGCCCACAACAUUCGCCGUGCCGAAUUGGUCAACUUGAUUGGGAUCUCCGGAAGCGCCAACUCCACUGGUGAUGUGCAGAAGAAGUUGGAUGUGAUUGGAGACGAGAUCUUCAUCAACGCCAUGAAGUCCUCCAACAACGUCAAGGUGUUGGUUUCCGAGGAACAGGAAGACUUGAUCGUGUUUGAAGGCGGAGGUCGUUACGCUGUGUGUACUGACCCCAUCGACGGAUCCUCCAACAUCGACGCCGGUGUGUCCGUGGGGACCAUUUUCGGCAUCUACCGCUUGAAAGAAGACUCCAAGGGUUCCAUCAACGACGUGUUGAGAAAGGGUACCGAAAUGGUGGCUGCUGGCUACACCAUGUACGGCGCAUCGGCACACUUGAUGUUGACCACCGGAUACGGAGUCAACGGGUUCACCUUGGACACCCAGUUGGGUGAGUUCAUCUUGACCCAGCCCAACUUGACCAUUCCCGACAGAAGAGCCAUCUACUCGGUCAACGAGGGUAACUCGUACUACUGGCCGGAAUACGUCAAGAGGUACGUGGAGGACUUGAAGAAGCCACAAGACGACUUGAACGGCAAGCCUUACAGCGCCAGAUACAUCGGAUCCAUGGUGGCAGACAUCCACAGAACGUUGUUGUACGGAGGCAUUUUCUCGUACCCUGCCGACACAAAGAGCAAGAACGGUAAGUUGAGAAUCUUGUACGAGUGUUUCCCCAUGGCCAUGUUGAUGGAACAGGCGGGAGGAAAGGCCGUCAACGACAAGGGCGAGCGGAUCUUGGACAUAUUGCCCAAGGGCAUCCACGACAAGUCGGGGAUCUGGCUUGGUUCCAAGGGCGAGAUCGAGAAGUUUGCUAGCUACAUUGAGUAG